GUUCGUUAAGCGCUUCUUCGCAUAUAAAUCAUUAUUUCGUGGGUAUAUGACCACAUAUGAUGAUGAUUCAAGGGAGAUUUCGACGCAAGGAAGGUGGGAAUUUUCAUAUAUAAGUGCCCCUUAUCAGACAUAAGAACAUUGUGAAUCGUAGUAACAAACAAACCAACCACCAUGAUCAGAAUUAUUACACUUUUGGCUCUGACUGCUGCAGUGUUCGCAGACCCCAAACCAGAAGCUGCUGCGUCCGCUGACCCUCUGGUAGUUGCUCCAGCUGUGGCCCCCGCGGUCGUAACGGCCCAGAGUUCCCAAGUAGUGGCGCAGAACUUCAACGCUCUUGUGGCACCUGUUGCGGCUGUGCGAAGUUCUUUGGUGGCACCUGUACCAGCGGUAGCUUCGCCAUAUAUCGCUGCUCCUUAUGUGGCAUCACCCUAUGUUGCUUCUCCGUACGUUGCGUCCCCCUAUGCGGCUUCCCCUUAUGUGGCUUCGCCAUACGUAGCUUCGCCGUACUUCGCCCGACCAGCUGUUGCUGCACCACUGCUUUGAGAUGGUACAAUUUGAAACCAACCUAGUUGUAGUUCAAAUAAAUUUGUCUGAGCCAA